CUCUCUCUCUCUCUUCCACACACAAACACACACACACUUGGCCCGUUAAAUUUAAUGCUUAGAUUGAAAAAUCUGAACAACUUUCUUGUCUGCAGCUGCAGUAUGAAAUUAAAAUUUCUCUCCCCCCUUGAGAUUGAGAUUAUUACAGUGCACAACAUCUUAGAGCUCGGAAGGGGGGGCCCUUGAGUGAAAAGGGGUUGAUUUUAGGGCUUGAGUGAUUCUUUCCCCCUUUUUUUUUCCCAUCUCCAUAUGUUUGGUGGUUGGUUCAUUCUCACCAGCUGCUGAGUUGUUCAGACUUUCAAGAUUUUGGUUCUUGAUCUGAGAUUCUUGGAGAAAAGAGGUGUCUUUUUCAUUCAUAUGUAUAUGAGACUGCAUUCUUGAUAUAUGUCUAUGGAGCAAACGGUUGAGAGAUCUCCUAAUGGGCAAAGGGUUUUCAGAGUUCAACCUCCACUGGUUGAUUCUGUAUCAUGUUACUGCAAGGUGGAUUCGGGUUUAAAAACAGUUGUCGGGGCGAGAAAAUUUGUCCCGGGUUCUAAACUGUGCAUUCAGCCGGAUAUCAACCCUCGUGCACACAAGACAAAGAACUCCCGUCGGGAGAGGAACAGGGUGCAGCCACCGCUUCUACCAGGACUGCCUGAUGAUCUUGCAAUUGCUUGCCUGAUUCGCGUCCCUCGUGUCGAACACAAUAAACUCCGUCUAGUUUGCAAACGGUGGUUCAAGCUCCUAGCCGGGAACUUCUUCUACUCUCUGAGGAAGAGUCUUGGCAUGGCAGAAGAAUGGGUAUACGUGAUGAAACGGGACCGCGAUGGGCGAAUCUCGUGGCAUGCUUUCGAUCCUACCUACCAACUCUGGCAGCCUCUCCCGCCCGUUCCACCCGAGUACAGUGGGGCUCUUGGGUUCGGCUGCGCCGUGCUUAGCGGCUGCCACCUGUACUUAUUCGGCGGGAAAGACCCGCUAAAGGGAUCGAUGAGACGGGUCAUUUUCUACAGCGCUCGGACGAACAAAUGGCAUCGCGCGCCGGAUAUGCUCCGGAGACGCCACUUCUUCGGGUCGUGCGUCAUCAACAACUGCCUCUACGUGGCCGGAGGGGAAUGCGAAGGGAUCCAACGAACUCUUCGAUCGGCGGAGGUUUACGAUCCGAAUCGGAACCGGUGGAGCUUCAUCGCCGACAUGAGCACGGCGAUGGUGCCGUUCAUCGGGGUCGUGUUCGACGGGAAGUGGUUUCUGAAGGGGCUCGGGGCCCACCGGGAGGUGCUGAGCGAGGCGUACGUCCCGGAGACGAACGCGUGGAGCCCGAUCAACGAUGGGAUGGUGGCAGGGUGGCGCAACCCGAGCAUCUCGAUGAACGGGAAGCUGUACGCCCUGGACUGCCGGGACGGGUGCAAGCUGAGGGUGUACGACGAGGGGUCGGACACGUGGAACAGGUUCAUCGACAGCAAGGUCCACCUCGGGAACUCCCGUGCCCUCGAGGCUGCAGCGCUCGUGCCCCUCAACGGGAAGCUGUGUAUAAUCCGGAACAACAUGAGCAUCAGCAUGGUGGACGUGGCGAACCCGGACAGACGAGUCGAGAGCAACCCGCAGAUAUGGGAAAACAUAGCCAGUAAGGGCCAUUUUAGGAACCUAUUCACCAACCUGUGGUCUACCAUUGCUGGGAGAAGUGGUUUGAAGACUCACAUUGUGCAUUGUCAGGUGCUUCAAGCUUGACUCAAUUUAGAGAGAGAGAGAGAGAUUAUUGUAAAGUGUUAUUGCUUAGCUUGUAAAGACUUGUAAAGAGAGAAAAAAUUUGGGUUGGGAAAUUUAGAUUUUGAGGUUAAUCAAAUGGGCAUUGUUCUUUUUUGAGGUUAA